ACAGGUGGCGUUAUCGUAUUGGGCUGUCGUAGUAUCGCGUGUAGGAGGCUGUUACCGAGUGAUGAUUUUUAAACGCAUCAAAUUUCAGGUGCGAGAGGGAGUCGGUUGUGUCAUUGGUGAGUGGGUGCCGAAUGGAGGAAAUUGAAGCAAGAACCAUAUGGUUGUAGGAUUGGGCAGGUGGUAUGUACAGGAAGAUUUUAAUGAGGAUGAGGAUGAUGAAUCCAACUCGGAAGGUGGUAGUAGGAUGGGCGAAAGAAUAUAAAAGAUAUUUAUCCACCACCACCACGAACCAAAUAUUAUUGUCUCCACCACUUGUCUCUGUCGACCUUCCAGAAAUUUGGGGUUCCACUUCCACCCUCUAUCAUCACCAUCCCUCCCAAAGUCCUGUAUCUCACGCAAAAAUAAUUAAUGGGAAGUCUAUUGCUGAGGAAAUCACAUCAAGAGUAGCCUCUAACGUAAAAUGGAUGAAAGAGUCCAUCGGCAAAGUUCCUGGUUUGGCUGUAAUUUUGGUGGGCCAAAGAAGGGACUCAUUGACUUAUGUUCGUAACAAGAUAAAAGCUUGUGACGAAGCUGGAAUCAAAUCUGUGGUGGCAGAAUUUCCUGACACUUGUGCUGAAGAGGAUAUUAUGACUUCCUUGUCAAAGUUUAAUGAGGAUCCAUCAGUUCAUGGUAUCCUUGUGCAGCUUCCUUUGCCAGAGCAUUUGGAUGAGGAGAAGAUUUUGAAUCUGGUGAGUUUAGAAAAAGACGUGGAUGGCUUCCAUCCAAUAAAUAUGGGGAAUCUCUCCAUGAGAGGAAGGGAACCGCUCUUUGUUCCCUGCACACCUAAAGGUUGCCUUGAGUUAUUGCUUCGAUCUGGUGUGGGAAUAGUGGGAAAGAAGGCAGUAGUGAUCGGGAGAAGCAACAUUGUAGGAUUGCCUAUAGCAUUACUACUGCAGAGGCACCAUGCAACCGUCACAACAGUACAUGCUUGCACGAAGAAUCCCGAACAUAUCACAUGCGAAGCUGACAUAGUAGUCACAGCAGCUGGGGUACCUAAUAUGAUUCGUAGUAGUUGGCUGAAGCCGGGUGCAGUUGUUAUUGAUGUUGGGACUUGUCCAGUUGAGGUAAAAUUGCUACUGUUUCACUGAUUUGCUUUACGUUAAUCCACUUUCAUUGCAGAAACUGAAUGGAAAAACUUUGGGGAAAGUAGUUUGAUUAGGAAACUAUAGCGUAAACUCAUAAAGUAGGUUCUACGACAUUCAUUGUCCAUUCCAAUGGUUAUGAUAUCACAUAAAGAUGUAGUCUUAAAAUGAUUGGUGGAUGAGGACUGCAGGAUCCCAGCGGAGUAUGGAUACCGUCUUGUAGGAGAUGUAUGCUAUGAAGAAGCAUUGAGGAUAGCAUCUGCAGUUACUCCAGUACCCGGAGGAGUUGGACCUAUGACAAUUGCCAUGCUUCUGUGCAACACUCUUGAUUCUGCCAAACGGCUGUAUGGCUUUACGUGACCAGCAGCUCUCAUUAUGAAUGGCUCGCAAUUUAUUUAGUAUCUACAAAGCAUUAGCUUGGUUGUAUUUUACGGUUUCUUCUCAUCAUUUUUGCAGUCCCCAUCUUACCUUAACAAUCAACUAGGGAGUACGGACUUUUUUGUCUCAUUAUUUAUUCUUUUUGCUUUCAUUUUCUAAAUAAUUGGUAAAUUGCAAAAGCAAAUUAUUAGGAAACAAAA